AUGGAUGCAGGGGAGCUGAUCGUUCUGUCCUCUCUCCGUGUUGUGUCAGCCUCCGUGCCAAGGCAGCCUGUGUGCUUUGUCUUUCAGUAUGUGCAAGCAGAUGCUCCUACCAACAAAACGCUGGCUGGGCUGGUGGUGCAGCUGCUGCAGUUCCAGGAAGAUGCCUUUGGGAAACAUGUCACCAAUCCUGCCUUCACCAAGCUCCCGGCAAAGUGCUUCAUGGAUUUCAAAGCUGGAGGUACAUUAUGUCACAUUCUUGGUGCUGCUUACAAAUAUAAGAAUGAACAGGGCUGGCGGAGGUUUGACCUGCAGAACCCAUCCCGGAUGGACCGAAACGUGGAGAUGUUCAUGAACAUUGAGAAAACACUAGUGCAGAACAACUGUCUGAGCAGACCAACCAUCUACCUCAUUCCAGAUAUAGAGCUGAAGCUGGCUAAUAAACUGAAGGAUAUUGUCAAACGUCACCAGGGAACAGUAACUGAGGAGAAAUCCAAGGCCACCCACCACGUGUAUCCAAGUCCUACCUCAAUGGAUGAUGAUGAAUGGUUGAGACCAGUGAUGAAAAAAGACAAGCAGGUGCUGGUGCACUGGGGCUUCUUUCCAGACAGCUAUGACACUUGGGUUCAUGCCAACGAAAUAGAUGCUGAAAUUGAGGAUCCUCCAAUUCCUGAAAAGCCGUGGAAGGUUCAUGCCAAGUGGAUUUUGGACACAGAUAUAUUCAACGAAUGGAUGAAUGAAGAGGAUUAUGAGGUGGAUGAGAACAGGAAAUCUGUGAGCUUUCGGCAGAGAAUCUCCAUGAAGAAUGAAGAGCCUGUGCGCAGUCCUGAGAGGAGGGACAGGAAAGCAGCAGCAAGUACACGGAAGAGAAAGCAUUCUCCUUCUCCACCCCCCACUCCUGUGGAGUCAAGAAAAAAAUCAGGGAAGAAAGGACAAGCAACCAUAUAUGGGAAAAGGAGGGGGCAGAAGGAAGAAGAUGAGCAGGAAGAUCUUACAAAGGACAUGGAGGAUCCCACACCAGUACCUAACAUAGAAGAAGUGGUACUUCCCAAAAAUGUGAACCCAAAGAAAGACAGCGAGAACACGCCUGUGAAAGGAGGAACAGUGGCAGACCUUGAUGAACAGGAUGAGGAGACAGUGGCGACUGGAGGAAAGGAGGAUGAAGAUCCUAACAAAGGUGACCAGAGUCGAUCAAUUGAUGCUGGUGAAGAUAACGUCACAGAACAAACCAACCACAUCAUCAUUCCCAGCUAUGCGUCUUGGUUUGACUACAACUGCAUUCAUGUGAUUGAGCGCCGUGCUCUUCCAGAGUUUUUCAAUGGAAAAAACAAGUCCAAGACUCCUGAAAUAUACCUGGCUUACCGCAACUUCAUGAUCGACACCUACCGCCUGAACCCCCAGGAGUACCUGACCAGCACUGCCUGCAGGAGGAACCUGACUGGAGAUGUGUGUGCUGUCAUGAGAGUGCAUGCUUUUCUGGAGCAGUGGGGUCUCAUCAACUACCAGGUGGACCCGGAGAGCCGCCCCAUGGCCAUGGGCCCUCCUCCCACCCCUCACUUCAACGUGCUCGCAGAUACGCCCUCCGGCCUCAUGCCUCUGCACAUCCGCACCCCGCAGAUCCCAGCUGCUCAGCAGAUGCUGAGUUUUCCCGAGAAAAACAAAGAGAAACCCACUGACCUGCAGAACUUCGGACUUCGCACGGACAUUUACUCAAAAAAGACUUUAGCAAAGAGUAAAGGUGCCAGUGCUGGAAGAGAAUGGACGGAGCAGGAGACGCUGCUGCUGUUAGAAGCCCUGGAGAUGUACAAGGACGACUGGAACAAGGUCUCGGAGCACGUUGGCAGCCGCACCCAGGAUGAGUGCAUCCUGCAUUUCCUUCGGCUCCCCAUUGAAGACCCCUACCUGGAGAACUCGGAUGCGUCCCUCGGCCCCCUGGCCUACCAGCCUGUGCCCUUCAGCCAGUCUGGCAACCCCGUGAUGAGCACAGUUGCUUUCCUGGCAUCGGUGGUGGACCCCCGUGUGGCAUCAGCAGCAGCAAAGGCUGCCUUAGAGGAGUUCUCCCGUGUCAGAGAGGAGGUGCCCCUGGAGCUGGUGGAAGCCCACGUGAAGAAAGUGCAGGAAGCAGCACGUGCCUCAGGGAAGGUGGAUCCCACAUAUGGGCUGGAGAGCAGCUGCAUUGCUGGGACGGGGCCGGACGAGCCAGAAAAGAUGGGUGAGCAUCUGAAUGCAGAGGGAGCUGCACACAGCUGUGCUGGGCCCUUUCUUCUGCCUCUUGAUGGACUGAUUACAGCAGUUCGUUGGGUGCAGCUGGGAAAUGGCCUGUGCCCACCGCUGCACGCAGGACAGGUGUGUUUCUGCCCCAUGGAAACGCUCUCAGUUUGCAGUUCUGACCCAUUCCCUUUGUGUUUCCCCCCCCAGUUAGAGCAGCAGAGGCAGCAGCUGCUGACGGAGCGCCAGAACUUCCACAUGGAGCAGCUGAAAUACGCUGAGCUCCGCGCCCGGCAGCAAAUGGAGCAGCAGCACAGCCAGAAUGCCCAGCAGCCACACCAGCACUCCGGGCCCGGGCUGAACCCGCUGGGCACGGCAGCUCACCAGGGCCUCCUGCCCCACCAGCAGCCCCCGCCGUACCCCAUGAUGCACCACCAGAUGCCUCCACCCCACCCCCCCCAGCCAGGUCAGAUGCCUGGGCCUGGCUCCUUGCUGCCCACACAGCCCAUGCCGGGCCGGAUGCUGCCAGGAGUGUCGGCCAACCUCCACCCCGCAGGCGCUGCCGCUCCACCCGGCAUGGCACCCAUGGCUGGCGGCCUCAUCGGGCCCCGCGUCCCUCUGGCAGCACCCAAUGGCAUGUAUCCCCCCGCUGCGCAGCCGCCUCCGCCCGCAGAAGGGGUGACCCCCCCUCCCGCAGGAGCCCCGCCGGCCGCGGCCGCCCCGUAAGCAUCCCGAGAGAAGGAACUUCUACAGCAACACAGUGGUGACCAAAAGAACUCCAUUACUCUCCUCUGCCCCGGAGGUUUCGCCCCCCGUUGUGUGCACACACCACAGAUGGGCACAUUCACACCCAGUCCCUUUCCCCGCUCCCCACUGUAGCCUGGCAGUCCCUGGCGCUCCUCUGGGACGUUGCCCAUCAGAGAUGCCACCGCCGUCCCCGGGUCUGAGGUCCCUGCUGUGCUCUGCUUGCUCCCGGUGCCCCCAGCUCUGGUUUUAUCCCCUCUUGGUGUUUCGAGCUUUGGGUUCUCCUGGGGAGAGCGGGAUGAAGCCGUGCGCUGAGCGUUGGGAGCCCCCACGCGUCCCCCCCACCUCUGAGCCGACGUUUUGGGUUCCCCAGGUGGAGAGAGCCAAGCACCAAGAGUGGAUCCCAAAGCGGGGUGGGGGUGGGCAGCACAGUGGGUGCAGGAUGUGGGCUGUGCCACGCAGGCGGCUGUCGCUCAGGAUGGCGGCGGGGCCUGGGGUGGCACCACUGCCCUAAAGGAGAAAAUACGGCCCGGUGCGAAUCGAUUGGAAUGAAGCCACUCGAUGGUAGGAGUUUUCUUGCUCCGGUUUUUACCUUUCUUUUGCCUUUGGAGGCAGUAGUUGGACGUUCCCUCUGAGUAGUUUGGUGCCGUAGCCAACCGAGGAAUAAAAAAACGCCAUUUUUAGUCCCUCUUUUUGGAGCAUACGCUUUUUAAUGUUUAAAAUGAACAACAACAAAAAAAGUAGAUAGGAAGCAGUGGUGGGUCGGGGGUUGGGUUGGGGGUUGGUUGGGCUGUGGGCGCAUCCCCUCCACGCUGCCCUCCCCACAUCUCCGUGCCCGCGGCACCGAAGGGCGGCGGUGGAGGAUGGUGGUGAGGGUCGGCCGCGGCCCCAGACCCACAGAACCGCUCACAACCCCGGGCUUACAGCCACGGAUCUGCUUUGGAGAGCGCUCAGCUGCUCGACUCGGCCUCAGUGGUUGACCUUCCCAGCCGUCUGCAGCCACGUUGCUUCCAGCACAUAGGAAUGAUGCAUCCCUCUGCCAGGCCGCCAGCCCCCGCCUCCCACCUCCAGCCAGGGAUCUCCUCCCGUGGGCUCUUCCCCUGCGGGGGCAUUGGGGUGAGCUGGGGGUUCUGGUUCAGACCGUUUAGAAUAACCUCAGGUUGUUUUUAGCGUGAUCGACUUCAAUCUAAAGGAUCCAGAUGGAGACUAUUUUUUACUGUACUAGCAAUGAUCUCGCAGAGUACCCCGACUCGACACUGUUGUGUUCCUGUAUAAAUAAUCCACGUGCUGACUUUUUUCAUCUGAUCCUCUGUAUAGGGCCGGUUUUAUUCCUGCAGCCACACAGCCACCCGAUUUUGUGAAAUAAAACAAACGUUUUUGUACAAAG